UGGAAGAAUUAUGGCAUGAAAAUCAGGUUCGCAAGAUAAUAUUUUGGAAGACUUGACGAUUGUGAAGGUAUCUGAGAAUGGUCUCGAUUUAUCUCGUACUUAUCGUACUAGCUGUCAUUUUGAUACAAAAAUGGCUUUCAAAUUAUAUGAAAAUUCGUAAAAUAUUAGAAACAGUACCUGGACCAAAACAAUAUCCUCUUAUUGGCAUUGCUCCACUCAUGAUGGGUGUUCCUCCUGAAGACCGACUUGCUGUGUUCAACGAUUUGUGUUACCAAUUUAAAAAUGGUAUGUUUCUAAUAUGGUUCGGUACUCAACCAGUAAUCAAUAUUCGAAAACCUCAUCAAAUAGAGAAAAUUUUAACAAGUACAACAAUAAUAAAAAAAUCAAGAUUUUAUAAUUUUGUAAAGCCAUGGCUAGGUGAAGGUUUGAUAACGACUACAGGCACAAGAUGGUUUAAUCACAGAAGACUCAUAACACCUGCAUUCCACUUUGGUGUACUCGGGGAGUAUUCCGCAGUAAUGAGAGAAAAUGUCCAAGCAUUGAUUGAACUUAUAGACAAGGAAUGUAACCGUAAUCCAAAAGCUCCCAUUAACAUUUUUGAUAUUAUUGGUAGAUACACUCUUGAUACAAUUUGUGAAACAGCUAUGGGUGUUAGUGUUAAUGCAAUCCAACAACCAGAUAACGAAUACUGCCAGGCACUCCACAAUAUCACCAGACUAUUCACUGAAAGAGUUUUUCGAUUUUGGUUAGCGUCAGACUUUAUAUACAACAAAACACCAAGUGGUAAACAAUUUCGGAAAGCUGUGAAGAUCAUGCAUAAAUUCACAGAAAAAGUAAUAAUGGACAAGCACAGGGAACGUGCUGAAAAAAAAAUAUCUGGUGUCACAGAAAUUGAAGAAGAUAAUGUUUAUGGAAAACGAAAACCCAAAGCAUUUUUAGAUCUGUUAUUAGAUGCAAGUGAAAAUGCUGAUAGUCCAUUGUCUCUGGAGGAAUUGAGGGAAGAAGUUGAUACAUUCAUGUUUGCGGGUCAAGAUACAACUGCUAUGGGUAUAUGCAAUGCUUUGUUUGCUCUCGGUAAUGCUCCUGAAAUACAAGAAAAAGUUUACCAAGAAAUGAAAGAAGUAAUUGGUGAUUCUGAUGAAGUUGCAACAGCAAGUCAAUUAGGACAAUUAAAAUUCUUGGACCGUGUAAUAAAGGAAGCUCUUAGAAUAUAUCCAAGUGCUCCUUCAAUCGGUCGAUGCACUGAGCAUGAUAUUGUUAUUGACGGUCACCUGAUUCCAAAGGGUACAUCAAUUAGUUUAAACAUUUAUCAAGCACAUCAUGACCCUGAAAGUUGGCCAGAUCCUGAAACAUUCGAUCCUGACCGUUUUUUGCCAGAAAAUUCAAAGGGUCGACACAUAUACUCAUAUUUUCCUUUUAGUGCAGGACCAAGAAACUGCAUCGGGAAAAAAUUCGCGUAUUUGGAACUAAAAACUGUAUUAACAGCCAUUUUAAGAAAAUGGAAAGUUUCUAGUGUUUUAAAGCCAUCUGAAAUGAAAAUGGUAGCUAAUAUAACAUUACGGCCCGCUAAUGAGAAAAUAGAAUUGUAUUUCACGCCUCAUAAUAACUAUUUGUAGCGAUUGCUUACAUGAAUUUUUUACUGCAGGCACAACUGAGCCCAACAUACUAAAUGCAAAAACGCUAUACGCAAUCUUUAUACGUUGAUAGUUUUUUAUUACUGAAGUAUGAGUUAAUAAGCUUACAAACAAAUUAUUAAAUACUCUUUUAGUUCGCGAGUAUAUAUUAGAGUGAAAGACUUGAGUAAUGGUAUUGGUUUAAUAAUUAAGUAAUUCUAGUGGUCUCGUUAUCAUAUUAAUGUAUUUAUACGAACGCUGCAAGGUUUUGGUCAGUGACAUAUCAUUCUUUAAUUACACUAAAUAGUUUUAGUGGCUAAAUUAAUUAUAUUAUAUAAUCACUACCACAAACAUAAGAAUUAUACAAUGCUUACAACUACUUACGAGAUUUUUCUGGCUAAUUGUUUUGACAAGAGCUUUCGCAAAAGAUCUGCAUCAAUGAAAAGUCCAGCAGGAUAAUAAGAAAUGUGUCAGAUAGUAGGUAUAAAAUUAGGAUAAUGCGUGUGUUCAUACAUAAUUUUGUCUGAUUAUUCGUAGUUGAUUUGGAUGAGAUUGUGUUAACCGUUGUAUAUCAGCUAUUCUAUUUAAAGUACUAGUAAAGAUUACUUUUUGUAUCAAAAAUAUUAACAUUAUCAGAAUCUAAGAUAUGCUUUACACAUCCAGAAUACUGACAGAGAUCUCAUCGUUCUUAUUUAUUCUUAAAAUCUCUCAUAUGUGUAUUGACUAUAAUCUUACUCUUAAACUCCUAGCUGAUUGGCCUAAGUAUUUUUUAAUACAGUUAUGUCAGUCUAGUUUAAGUAAUACCCUCCACCUUUAUCUUCGUUGUGAUAUCUUGCCGUAACUUUAUAAUGCAAAUUAAUUUAUUAAUACUUAUUAACGUAACAGAAAUUUGCAAUUUGAGUAAUCUUUUGAGUUUUAUUAUUAAAAUAUACAAAGUCUGAAAAAACAAGAAAGGAUAUGUUAUUGUUAUUCACAGCUACUGAAGUGCCUUAGUGAAAGUCGUUAAAUAAACAGUGCAAUUUUUUUUUUAUACCUAUUUUUCAAUGAAUUUAGAAUAGUAAUUGUUAUGAAGUACUAAUAAUUGAAUCAUCUAUCUUAGAUUAUCUUUAUGAAAUAUGGGAUGUGACAAUUAUAUGAUGCUAUCCAUCAAUGUAUAAUUUUUACCUGUUUUAAGGAACACUGAUUGUGUGACAGAUAUUUUAAACACCUUUUAGAAAAUGUAAGUUUUUUAUACCGAUUUCUUACGAUGCUGCUGUCAUUCUGGAGAAUUAGUUGUUAGUCCGGAAAACACAUGUUAUUAUUUGUCAUAAUGUUAUACGCAAAUCAAGUAGUACUAUUAUAACUAUUGAAAAGCGAUUGCGUGUUGCACAUACCUGUAGUAUAUCAUAAAGUCCAAUAAAAGUCCAAUUUUUUUCAAAACUUUGUCUCCAACAGCUGCAUAUAAAGAUAUCAUAAAAUGGAGCUUACAGGGCUACCCAUUGCAAAUCAAAAAAUUUAUUAAUAGUACUUGACAUUAAACUGAAAAUAAUUUGAGUUUAAAAUGUGUCAUGACUUCACAAAAUUCACUUAAUUACACUUCAUAGCAUCAACGAUUAGCUUACUAGUGUUAGUAAAAAACUACUAGCUGGAUCAAAGUGUGAUUAUCAAGUAUUAAAAAGCCACUAAAUUUCUUCAUUUUAUUCAUAACUAUUUUCGAUGCAUGACUUAGCUUCUAGAAUGUUCGUAUUUCGAAACACAGAUACAAAUAGUAGGAUUAAAAAAAAUUAUUAUUCCUGAAGAGAACCAUGAUUUGUAUAGUGGCCGAGAUAUCCGAAAUGUUGUAAGGUUCUUAUAGAUACAUAAAUUUGAUAAUGAGAUCUCUGAAGGUACUCAAGUAACUUUUGACCACUUUUUUGAGUGCAAUAUUCAUGGUCAUUUCUACUACAACGUACUAUUGGAAUUUGACUUUUACUCUUAUAUUCAAAAGUUUCCAGUUGUUGGGUUAAUUAAAAAUUUGCAAGAAUAAGAAAGCAUGUUGAUGAAAGACCUAAGCCUUAUGGCUCUUCAGUUUAUCUAAAUCAGUGCAAACAAGUAUGUUUGCUUGACAUUUUUAUACAUAACUGCAAUAGUCUGAACAAAAUAAUUGUAUCCACGAUCUAAACACAAACGUAUUGUCGAGUACGAUUAAGAUUAGUUUCACCAACUGUUUCACUCAUCACAUUUUAUUCACGAGACAUUAUUAUAUGUAAAAUUUGUUGCUGACUUUAAAAUAAAAAUUAUAAUUAACUAAUAUUACAGCUAUAAAAUCAGUAUAAAACUAUUUUUCAUAAUAGGUUACGAUCCCAAACACUUUGUAC